AUGUCUUCGCGUCCUUCUCGUUGUCUUGUCCGAGGUGCCAUCAAUAUCGACGAGCUCUUUCACGUCGACGAUGCUGUGCGACCAGGGGAAACGAUAUUCUCAACUGAGCUUGAGCGGAGAGUUGGAGGCAAAGGUGCCAACCAGGCCGUGGCGGUCGCUCGCGCCGGUGGGAGUGUCGCUCUCGUAGGCGCUGUAGGCGAGGAUGGAGGCUGGGUCAUUGACCAACUGAGGGGAUAUGGGGUUGAUGUCAGCGCAGUUCAUGAGGCGGAGGUACGUCAAGAAGGCGGAGUCCUUCACAAAGGCGCCAAUCACACCCAGACCCCUCCCUCGUCCCAUUUCUCAUCCAAGUCCUCUGAACCUCUGACCUCGACCAUAACCCACAUUCUACUCCAGAAUGAGAUCCCUUCUCAAACGACCAUUUCCCAUCUCACCCAUUUCCACCAUCAAUCCGCGACUACCAUCUUCAACCCGUCUCCCAUGCCCUCACGAGAGGAACUCUUCCACUUUCCCUGGAAACACCUGGACUGGCUUCUUGUCAACGAAGGAGAAGCAGAAGCAUUGCUGAAGUCUUUACGAUACCGCCACAAACAUGGGAAUCGUGCAUCCGACCAUAUCGCCCAUUCUAAGGGAGAUACUUACUCCACCAUCAAACGCCUCCACGUUCACAGACACUUCUCUGAACGCACCAAUAUUGUGUGCACUCUGGGCGCGCUCGGAGUGAUUGUGCUUAUUCAUGACCAGCAGGAGUGUUUGUAUCUUGAAGCCGCGGAGUUGAAGGGCGCUGUUGGAGGCGGGGAAGAUGUGAUCAGGGACACAACGAGCGCUGAAGAUUGUUUCGCAGGAUAUUUUGUGAGAGGUUUGAUGCAGAUGCACGAACAGGGAGUGUCGCCUAUCGGACUGAGAGAGGCGGGUGAUUUGAUGAGGGUUUGCUUGACGGCUGCUGCUAUGUGUGUUGAGCGUCGUUCAAAUGGCGCAAUGGAGAGCAUACCGAGCAGUGAAAAGGUUCAAGAGAGGUUGGCCCAAAUGCCUUGA